AUGAUGGUGCUCAUGGGGUCCGUCAUGCUGCGCGCUAUCCUGUUGGUGGAGUCCCCGGUGCUGCUCGUGUCCGUCCUGUCGGAGUCCGUCGUGGCCCUCGAGAUGUUCCAGGCCAGGGCGGCCGUCGCCGCCCAGAGCCCGGCAGCGGCCGCCGCCGCUGCCGCGGCCGCAGCUUCCGAGGCGGCGCCAGCCGCGCCUGCGGCGACCGAGGGGUCAGCGGCGACCGAAGCGCCGGAGGCGCCAGCGGUGUGCGCGGCGCAGGUGCACCCAACGGCGCCCGCGGCGCCCGCGGCGCCCGCGGCGCCAGCGGCGCCCGCGGCGCCCGCAGCGCGCGAGGCGCCCGCGGCGCCCGCGGCGCAGGCAGCGCCCGCAUCGCCAGCGGCGCCCGCCGGCGGCGCGCGCGGCGCCAGUAGCCCAAGCGACGCCCGCGGCGCCGACGAGGCCUGGAGCUCCCGCGGC